AUGCCAUCCGGCCCAUUGAAUGCUGAGACGGCCAAAGACGCUCCCGUACGACUUUCGCUUCCUCUCGACUUCCAGCAAGAUGUCUUCCACGCACUCCGCGAAGAGGACAUCCUCCUCAUCCUCGCACGCGGUCUUGGUCUUUUGCGCCUCGUGACGAAUCUCCUUCACAGCUACGAUGCGGCUGGCAACAACCUCGUCAUCCUUGUCGGCGCAGACGAACGUGAGAACGACUGGAUCGGCGAGUCGUUGGCGGAGCAUGCAGCAAUGUCUGGCUCGCCAAAGUGCAGAGGCAUGCAGUUGGUCAAUACAGACUUGACCAACGUCGGAACAAGAGAGAAGAUGUACAGGCGAGGCGGAAUUUGCAGUAUCACCAGCAGGAUAUUGAUCGUUGACUUCUUGUCUGGGCUGCUAGAUCCAGCUACAGUCACGGGCCUGGCGGUGCUGCAUGCUGAGAGGGUUGCGGCCACCAGCUUGGAAGCAUUCAUCGUCAGACUCUAUAGGCAAAAGAACAAGGCCGGCUUCUUGAAAGCCUUCUCAGACUCUCCCGAACCGCUCACGUCAGGCUUCCAACCACUGACCAGCAUCCUGAAGAACCUCUUCCUGCGAAAACCGCUGCUGUACCCACGAUUCCAUGUCACUGUGGCUAAGAGUCUCGAGGGCAAGAGGAAGGCAGAGGUCAUCGAGCUGGAAGUACCCAUGUCCGAUGCCAUGAAGGACAUCCAGAAUGCACUAUUGGAGUGCAUUGACGUCAGCAUAUCCGAGCUGAAGAAGGGCAAUACUGGCAUCGACAUGGACGACUGGAACGCAGACAGCGCUCUGCAUCGCAACUUCGACUCCAUUGUCAGAAGACAGCUGGAUCCAGUGUGGCAUCGUACGAGCUUUCGAACAAGACAGAUCGUCCGAGAUCUGAGCAUGCUAAGGACGAUUCUCCACCAUGUACUGACCUUGAACGCUGUCGACUUCAACAAAUACCUCGACACCGUCCUUGCUGCAUCGCAGCCACCUCCAGGCUCGACGAGACAGAACCAGUCACCUUGGCUGUUCCUGGAUGCUGCACACACAAUGUUCGAUUCUGCUAAGAGACGGGUAUACACGGGCAAAAUUACAGAGAAUGCUUCGGAAGAAAGUCUCAAUGCAACGCUCGAAGAGAUGCCGAAGUGGUCACUCCUAGCAGAGAUCUUGGAAGAGAUCGAAAGAGACGUAUCCUUCAAUCCACAACCCAACGACGAGUCUAGUGGUAGCAUUUUGAUAAUGGUGGGAGAUCAAGGUACUGCUAGACAGCUGCGAGAAUAUUUGCAGACCAUGUUCAAGGGCUCUGAUAUGCUGGAGAAGGACGAUGCAGACGACGAACCGCAGGAUCGGAAGCCCAGUGCAAAGUACCUGCUACGCCGGAAGCUCAGAAACUACCUGCAAUGGAAGAGAGACUUCGCUCGAGUCAGCAGCAACCUCUUCACCGAAAACCAGAAAGAGAUCAACGGUACCUCAAAAGUACAUGCGACCGGUCAAGGUCUUCGUGGAGGCAGAGCACCUCCGAACAAAAGACGAAGAGUACGUGGCGGCGGCACUGCCGGCUCUGCUCCAGCAAGAGCAGCCAAUGGCUCUGUUCAGAUCGCUGGCGAUAAAGAGUCCCACAUACAAUCUCUGAUGCACGACUUGACACAGAACGACACGCUUGAUGAGAAUGCGGCAGCCAAAGUUGACCUUGGUGCUGAUCCGCUUGACGACAUGGAAGACUAUUACGAACUUUUCGACAUGAAAGACCUUGUACUAAUUCAUCCCUACGACGGUGAUAUGGAUGAUCACCUACUGGAAGAGAUCAAACCCAGAUAUGUCAUUAUGUACGAACCAGAUGCGGCGUUCAUCAGGAGAAUCGAAGUAUACAGGAGCAGCCAUGGAAACCGACAGGUCCGUGUCUAUUUCAUGUACUACGGCGGAAGUGUUGAAGAGCAAAGGUAUCUCAGCACUGUACGCAGGGAGAAAGAUGCUUUCGCCAAGCUCAUCCGAGAACGAGGAAACAUGGCCCUGACGUUCACUCACGAUGCGGAGAAGGCCGAUCCGCAAGAGAGCUUUCUGCGCACUGUCAACACUCGCAUAGCAGGUGGCGGUCGACUGGCAGCCACGGCAGAGCCACCUCGCGUCGUCGUUGACGUUCGAGAGUUUCGAAGCAGUCUACCAUCGCUAUGCCACGGGCGCCAGAUGAUUGUGAUACCUUGCAUGCUCACAGUUGGCGACUAUGUCCUGACCCCCGAGAUCUGCAUCGAGAGAAAGAGCGUUCGCGACUUGAUCUCCUCUUUCUCGGAUGGACGCCUCUACAACCAAGCAGAGACAAUGCUCCAGCACUACAAGUCACCCAUGCUCCUCAUCGAGUUCGACGCCCAGAAAGCCUUCACCCUCGAACCCUUCGCAGACCUCUCCGCCACCAUCGGCACCUCAUCCGUAGUCGGCACAGAUCUCCAAUCAAAACUCGUCCUCCUCACCCUAGCCUUCCCCAAACUCCGCAUCAUCUGGUCCAGCUCACCCUACCAAACAGCGGAAAUCUUCGAAGAACUCAAGAAGCAGCAACCCGAACCUGACCCUAUCAAGGCGGUCCAGCUUGGCCUUGAGAAUGGCGAGGAUCCAGAGACGAGGACUUUUAGUCAGACGCCGCAGGAUAUGCUACGGUGUGUGCCUGGCGUCACAGGAAAGGCCCUCAACAAACUCAUUCUUGAGUAUGAGAACGUGCAGGAAGUCGCGAAUGAGGAUGAGGCGAAGUUGUCGGGGUUGAUUGGGAAAGAGAAUGCUAGGCAGAUUAGGGCGUUUUUUGAUAGGAGUGUUUGGGAUGUGGAUGAUUGA